AUGGCCUCUUCCUCUUUGACGACUCCGGUGAUGAAAGAGGGAGAGUGUAGAAACUGGGCGGAGCUUCCGUCUGAAUUAAUGUCAGACAUCCUGCGCAGGCUAGACUCUACUGACAUAUUGGAAAACGCUCAGAAAGUGUGUACGUCAUGGUCAAGUAGCCUGAGAAGCCUUAGAAUUUCAAAUUGCUAUCCAAUAACAACCGAUGGACUUACGAAAGCAAUUGUGAAUCUUCCAUCGCUCGAAGAACUCGAUGUCUCAUACUAUGAAUUGUCAGGAAAAUGUCUGAAAGUUGUAGGCCAGUCUCUUCCUAAUCUGAAGACUCUGAAGUUAAACUGCCACGAACUCAGUUGUCCUCGGCACGUGAGUGAUGAUGAUGCUCUAGCUAUAGCUGAAACGAUGCCUGGACUUCGCUUCCUCCAGCUUCAUGGAAACUUAUUAUCAGACAUUGGUUUAAACGCCAUUCUUGAUAAUUGUCCUAACCUGGAACAUCUUGAUUUACGUCGGUGUCUCAACGUUAACAUUGUCGGAGAUCUGGAGAAACGAUGUUUGGAGAGGAUCAAAGUUUUGAGACGACCUCGUGACUCGACUGAUGAUUUCCCAUAUUAUGCAUAUGCGUAA